AUGCAGAUGCAUCAGCAUGCAAGUCUGGCGGUGCUGCUGCUGGUGCUAGCGGCGAUGGUCUCGAGCACGGGAGCGGCCCCUGUCUCGUUGGUGGUGACAAACGACCAAGACACUGGCCCCGGCAGCCUGCGGGACGCACUGUCAACGGUGCAGCCGGCCGCCACCACAAUCAUCACGUUCUCUUCAAGCCUCGCCGGCUCGACCAUCGACCUCACGGCCUCUGGAUCCCUUGUGCUGCCUGCGCUGGUCGGAAACGCCUCCCUGACUGUCCAAGCGCCCGCUGUCGCGGGCUCGCCUGUCCUUAUUGUGCAGCCACUGGUCGCCGGCGGCAACCCAGAGACGGCGCUCGGCAGCAAGACCGCCACCUCCGCAACCAACCCCAACGUCGUGGUGGAAUUCAUCAACUUCCAAUUUGCAGAGAUGACGUUUGCCGUGUAUGACGGGGAGCUCAGAUUCACAGACUGCGAGUUCAGCUCUCAGGGGAGCCUCGGCCAGGCCCUCGUCACCAAGAGCGCCCUGAUCGUCGCGGGCGACCGCUCCAAGCUCACGCUGACUCGCGUGAGAAUGACUGGCUUCCGCACGUUCAUCACAGGCAACCCUCCCGGCCCGGCUGCAAACGGUGCUGCAAUACGUGCUGACCCCUCGAUUUCGGCGGCCUACCCACUGCGCCCUACUGGGGUGGUGGCCACGGACCUGCGCGUCAUCAGCUGCGAGGCUUCCAACGGCGCUAUCUUCGUCCAGGACACACCCUUCACGUGCACACGCUGCACUUUCCUUAGCAACGUUGGCACCAACGGCGGCGGGCUGUAUGCGACUGGGACGGGCGCCGCGGUCGCCCUAACCGACUGCCAAUUCUCUGCUAAUAUCGCCCAGACUGCCGGUGGCGGCAUGCAUGUGAUCAACGGUCCAACAGUCGUGGUCAGGCGCGUUGUGUUUAUAGGCAACCAAGCCACCUUCACAGGCGGCGGCCUCCACUAUUCCAGCAGUACCAGCGAAGCGGUAUUGAUCUACGAAAGCAGCUUUGUAGGCAACGCUCUGGUUUCGAGCGCCGCGGCUCGGGGCGGCGGAGCCUACAUUGCAUCCGGGAACUCCCUGCCUACGCCGCCCUACGCGACCAUCCAGAUCCACUCUACCACCUUUUACAACAAUGAGCUGUCCGGCAACCCAAACCCUGGCGAGGGGUCCGGUCUGUACCUGCAGCUGCUGCAGGGCCCGCCCGCCAACGCAAGCAUCAUCAGCUGCAUCCUGUGGCGCGACGGGUUCAACGCAUACCCGGUCUACUACACGCCCUCCUUCUCCCUUGCAAACGCCGCCAUGCCAUUCUACAACAACGACUGGUCUGGCGCCCAAGCUGCUGGCGUCGUCGGCGUCUUCGGCAAUAUGGAUGCCAACCCGCUCUUGCAUCCGGUCUCAACAUUCUGGAUCCCUUUCCCCUCCAGCCCCGUGAUCGACGCGGGCGCCAACCCAAACGGCGACACAGCAGAUGUCCGAGGGCUGGCCCGCGUGGUGGGCGCGGCCGCAGACAUCGGCGCCGCAGAAAAUCAGGCGCCCGUUGCCGUCGACGGGGCCUUGACCGUCAACCAGGGCACUGUCGUCACCGCCCAGGCGCCGGGGGUUCUGGCCGGCGCGUAUGAUCCGGACGGGGACGCGCCGAUCAGGGCUGUCCUUGUUUCAGGCCCCACGAACGGCUUUCUGACUUUGUCGAGUGAUGGCUCCUUCCAGUACACUCCAAGUGUGAACUAUGUUGGCCCAGAUACAAUCGCUUUUCGAGCGUCUGAAGGACCCCGUCUGAGCGCAGUGCAUCAAUUCAUCAUCACCCUGGUCCGCGUCAACCAUGCGCCGGUUGCCGGGAAUGUGGCCUACAGCGUGAAACAGGACUUCACGCUGAAUCAACCCGCGCCGGGCCUGCUGGCAAGCUCCUCUGACCCGGACCCUGGCGACAGGCUUUCAGUGGCCGCCGUAAUCCCACCAGCCAAUGGGGCCCUCGUCCCGCAGGCCGACGGUUCCUUCAGGUACACGCCCAACCACGGAUUCAGCGGGUCCGACAGCUUCAGCUUCCAAGUGAUGGACGGCGCUGGUGCAACCUCGACGGCACAAGGAACAAUCACUGUUGUUUCUAACCAGCCUCCUAUUGCCACUAACCUGAACUACACCGGCAAGGAGAGCACGGCCUUGGUUGUAGAUUCCGCAGCAGGCGUUUUGUCCACAGCCAGCGACCCAGAUGGGGACGUGCCCUUGAGCGCUCUGCUUGCGCCUGGUGGAAGCCCAACACACGGCGCGCUCACCCUCUCAGCAAACGGGUCCUUUACGUACAGCCCAACCCCUGGGUACAGCGGCCCAGAUGUGUUCAAGUUUACAGUCGUAGACACAAGAAAUGGUACCGUGACGCGCCAGGCAAACAUCAAUGUUGUUGCCAACCUGCCCCCUGUCGCCACUGAUCUGUCAUACACCGCCAAGCAAAGCGUCCGCCUGAGCGUGAACGCUUCGGUCGGCCUGCUGUCCACGGCCAGCGACCCCGACGGCGACUUGCCCCUGGUGGCUUCAGUGGUGGCGGGCAGCGGCCCCGCACACGGCACCCUCAACCUACAGCCGGACGGGUCGUUCACGUACGCCCCCACCCCCGGUUACAGCGGCGCCGACGCCUUCAACUUCACAGUGACGGACCACAGGAACGGGACUGUGUCACGCCAGGCGACUAUCACAGUCGAUGCCAACCUGCCCCCUGUCGCCACGGAUUUGUCAUACACCGCCAAGCAAAGCACCAACCUGAGCGUGAACGCUUCGGCCGGCGUGCUAUCAACGGCCAGCGACCCCGACAGCGACUUGCCCCUGGUGGCUUCAGUGGUGGGGGGCAGCGGCCCCGCACACGGCACCCUCACCCUCCAGCCGGACGGGUCGUUCACUUACACACCCAGCCCCGGUUACAGCGGCGCCGACGCCUUCAACUUCACAGUCACGGACCACAGGAACGGGACUGUGUCACACCAGGCGAACAUCACAAUUGUUGCCAACCUGCCCCCUGUCGCCACUGAUUUGUCGUACACUGCCAAACAAAGCGUCGCCCUGAGCGUGAACGCUUCGGUCGGCCUGUUGUCCACGGCCAGCGACCCCGACGGCGACCUGCCCCUGGUGGCUUCAGUGGUGGCGCGCAGCGGCCCUGCACACGGCACCCUCAACCUCCAGGCGGACGGGUCGUUCAUGUACGCCCCUACCCCCGGUUACAGCGGCGCCGACGCCUUCAACUUCACAGUGACAGACCACAGGAACGGCAGUGUGUCACGCCAGGCGACCAUUACGGUUGUUGUCAACCUGCCGCCAGUCGCAAGUGACUUGUCCUUCACCGCCAAGCAAAGCGUCACCCUGAGCGUGGACGCUUCGGCCGGCCUGUUGUCCACGGCCAGCGACCCCGACGGCGACCUGCCCCUGGUGGCUUCAGUGGUGGCGGGCAGCGGCCCCGCACACGGCACCCUCACCCUCCAGCCGGACGGGUCGUUCACUUACGCCCCUACCCUCGGUUACAGCGGCGCCGACGCCUUCAACUUCACAGUGACGGACCACAGGAACGGCAGUGUGUCACGCCAUGCGACCAUCACAGUCGGUGAGAUGCUCAAUGCUAAAAGGUGGACGCUGAAGUCGAAUAUGUACGUGUGUUUGUAUACGUGA